AUGUUUAUCGAGGUUACAGCGGGUAUAGCAACAUGUCUGGCCGUAGCAUGUGCGGUCUUUCAGCCUGUCAGACCAGAUGCCUCAGUGGAGUUUGAAUUCAUCAGUUUCGAAAUGAUAGCUGCAUGCUAUUGUGAUCCUGUGUGCGGUAAAUGUGACAUGUAUUUCGAAGUGUGCUUAGACGAGGACAUCACACCCGGAAACAAUCAUUUCGGCCGAUGCAGUUUAGACAACGUUCGGACUGAUGUAAUCCUUGAAAACACUAACCAUUUUGACUUCCCGUCAACCAUCCCUACCAAGAUAAGAAACCCUGAGGUUUUCAACAAAGUAACAUGGAAGGGUGGGUUUCGAGUCAAGGUACGAGCAAAUGAUGAAGAUGGCUUUGGCAGUGAUGAUAAGAUAAGCGACUACUACAGAAAUGUAGAACUACCUGCUUCACCAUCUAAGGCCCUGGCCGGGUGGAACAGCUACGACGUGCGCGACACAAAGUCAAAGUUUUAUUUUCAAGUUAAAGUAUACUGCAACAAGAACUACUACACGUCAAAAUGCACUGUGUAUUGCGAACCACCGGACGACGAUAUUACAGGGCACUACGAUUGCGACAAAAUUACAGGGGCCAAGAUAUGCCAUAAAGGAUGGGCAGGUAACGUGCUUACCGAAUUGUCUACGUUUGGAUUGGACUGUGACGUGGAUAUAGAUGACUGUGCGUCGGCACCCUGUAAAAACGGAGCCACGUGUGUUGAUUUCAUCGGUUUCUUCGAAUGCUCGUGUGUACCCGACUUCGUCUACGUUGAUGAGUUUUGUGAAAUAGACGAUUGCGCAACCCAACCUUGUCUCAGUGGAGCUACAUGUCAUGACCUCAUCGGAGACUUCUCCUGCACAUGUGCACCGGGCUUCAAUGGAAAUGAUUGUAGCAUAGACAUCGACGAAUGCUUGAGCUCGCCAUGUCACAACGGGGGUACCUGCAUAGAGGGAGUUGAUUCUUUCAACUGUUUAUGUUUGCCGGGUUUCGAGGGUGGACAAUGUGAAACAGAUAUUGAUGAAUGCGAUUCAAAUCCCUGCCAUAACGAUGCAACGUGUUUAGAUGAAGUGGGUAGCUUCACCUGUUCUUGUGCAAUCGGAUAUGACGGCACUUUAUGCCAAAAUGAGAUCAACGAAUGCGAGCCCGAUCCCUGCCUCAACAAUGCUACGUGCCUUGAUCUCAUUGGUCACUUCCAGUGUGUGUGUUCUGAAGGCCACUAUGGAAACCUGUGCGAGGUUGACAUCAACUACUGCCUGAAUCAAACUUGUGCGAAUAGUGGAACUUGCGUGGAUAGACUGGAUGGUUUUCACUGCGUUUGCCAGGAGGGAUUCGAAGGUGAAAUGUGCGACGUAGAGGUGGAUGAAUGUGACAGUUCUCCUUGCUUCUUCAACUCAACCUGUCAUGAUCAGAUAGCAGGAUAUAGCUGUACAUGCCAACCAGGAUACGAAGGUACGAACUGUCAUGAGGAAACAAAUGAAUGUGUGAACAAUCCUUGUAAAAAUGACGCAACCUGUGUCGAUGCCAUUGCUGGAUUUAGCUGUCAGUGUCUUCCCGGCUUCGGAGGGAAGGUGUGUGAAGUUAACAUUGAUGAAUGUUCUAGCUCUCCGUGCCACGACAACGAAACGUGUGUGGACGAACUGAAUGGAUACAGGUGCAUGGAUGGUGUAAAUUGUCAAGAGGACCCAUCAACCUGCAAAAACAAUGCCACGUGUUUGGAGCAAGACAGAGGGUUUACAUAUGGUUUCUCUUGUGUGUGUGUACCAGGGUUUGAUGGAUUUUUCUGUGACCGAAAUACAGACGAGUGUGCUAGCUCUCCAUGUCACCAGGGAUCCUGCUCUGAUCUUGUUGAUGGAUUCCAUUGUGUAUGUUCACCUGGGUAUGAAGGGGCUCACUGUGAUCAAGAUAUAGACGAGUGUGCUAGCUCACCGUGUCUGCACGGGAUUUGUGAGGACUUGACUGGUGGUUUCCACUGCGUCUGCGAGAUUGACUGCAGUAAUGGUCGAUGUUAUGAUGGACUGUGCCUUUGCGAUGCGGGUUUCGAAGGUAAAGAUUGCAGCGUCCAGACUGACUUCUGCCGUAGCUCCCCAUGCUCCCAGGGAACGUGCGUUCCAAUGGACAAUGGUUUUAGCUGUGAAUGCGACCCCUUCCACAUUGGAGACUACUGCAAAGAGCUUAUCGACAAACCCUGCUCCUUAGGUCCGUGCGAGAAUGGAGAAUGUUCACCAUUAGGUGAAGCACCAAAUGGAUAUAGCUGUUCCUGUGCAGAAAGCUUUUUUGGAACCAAGUGUGAUAUCGAUUUGAACUCUUUUGGCUGCGUCAUUGUUCUUAUUGGAUCAGUAACCUAUGAAGCACAUAUCUUCGAAAAAAAAAUGACGUCACUACUAGAUCUGUUGAUAUCAUCAAACCAUCUAAUGCGAGUAAAAACCAACCUCAAUGUAAUGGUGGUUAGCAUUGAACAGUAUAACGCUUCCGGUACAAGUGAGACCCUCACAAAAGUAAUGUACGUAACAGAGUCAUUGACUGGUUACGUUGACAAGUCUCGUAUAGAGACAAUGGUCAAUGCAACCUCCAAAGUUACGGCAAUUCAUUAUCUGGGUUAUGACAUAUACAGAGCUAACGAUGAAGACGACUCAAAGAUUUCAGUACUGAACCACUGGUAUGUGUUUGUCAUCCUUGCUAUUUUGACCGUCGGAGCUGUGGGUGGCGCAACUGCUUUUUAUCUGGGCCGUAAACCAAGAAUUAUUGGCAAUGAUGAAAGUUCGAUCCUUGAUGACACUGUGUCGCUGCCCCAUCUUGGCAAAAACGUACUGUGGAACCAGUCAGGAAUUCUUCGCUACACAAGUCACACCUGGCACAAGCAUGGACAAGAAGUUCCGGAGUGCACGAAUGUGGAGAAUCCAAUGUACGAUGAAGAGUAUGCUGGGGGAACCUCUGAAUAUAACUUUUAGAAGAACAACUUUAUACAGUCUACUUAUCAUUGGAAACUUAUGUUGCAAACUAUGAGUCGCGACACAAACGUGAAUCUGUUCGAAGCGCUAGAACUUAUCAUGGGUUUGUAUAGGUUUUCGUGCAAUAGACCUUUAUCACUCUUUCACCACGUUGGUCUUCUUCCUCGUAUCGAAUAACAGUAAUGAAUGCUAAUAAUCAUUUGGCAAAUAGGAGCCAGACUUUUUUGUUCUUCUAGCCUCGGUUUGGAAACAUUGAUAAUAACGGGAGAAAUUCAAGAUGGCUGCACACUGAUAAAGGUCUAUAAGAGCACGAACUUCUAUUGUGUUUGUUCUUAAGUUGUUUAUGCAAUAUGAGCAUAUAAUUAUUGUUGAUACUUUCUUUCUGCUUCUUCUUGCGACCAACUCUUCUUAUGUACAUUUAGACUAAGGAAAACAAGUACCGUGAAAUUACGUCAUCGUUUGAGUUACUUUUGUUUAUUCCCUUUUUUCAAUAAUACAAUUGUCAUUAGAAAUAUCAGCUCGAUUCUUUUGGUAAGCACAUUUAGUUAUUGAUGCUUUUAACAUUUUUAACAACUGCUAACAAGUAGCCUUGCUCAAGGCAGUCGAACUAUUCA